CUCGUAAUUCAUGAUUUAUCAUAUAUUUCCUGUGCAAAUAGACUUAUAUUAUAUGUAACUAUAAGUUUGUCCACAUCUAGACUAGUAAGAAAUUUGUGUUCAGUGCAAUAAUGGGAGGGUUAUUUGGUAAACACAAAAAACCGCCGAGCAGAAUAACCGAGCAAGAUAAGGCAGUGUUGCAGUUGAAACAACAACGAGAUAAACUAAAACAAUACCAGAAGAGGAUAGAAAUAAACUUAGAGAAAGACCGACAGUUAGCAAAGAAGCUACUGAACGAUGGUAAAAGAGACAAAGCUAAACUUCUACUGAAAAAGAAAAGAUAUCAAGAACAACUCCUACAGAAUACAGACGCGCAGUUAGAAAAGUUAGAACAGCUUACUCACGACCUUGAGUUUGCUCAAAUUGAAGUUCAAGUACUUGAUGGCCUGAAAACUGGAAAUGAAGCAUUGAAGAAGGUUCACGAAAUCCUGAAUGUAGAUGAAAUAGAAAAGAUUCUGGAUGAAACAAGAGAAAGUAUUGAUAAACAAAGAGAAAUUGAUGAACUCAUAUCUGGUCAACUAACAGAGGAGGAUGAAGAGGCUGUGGAAGCAGAACUCGAAGAGAUCCUUGAUAUCCAAGAUAAGCUGCCAGAGGUGCCUACAGAUAAGCUGCCAGAAGUGCAGAAAGAAAAGGCUAAGAAAGAGAAGGAAAAACGUAUUGCCAUGGAAGCCUCAUAAUUCUAUAAUAUUGUCAUUAUAAAUAGAUUAAGAAUAAAUUGUACCUAUAUUUUUAGAUAAAUUG